GCGCCCGGGCGUCAGUCCGGCCGCGGCGACGGCGGCAGGAGCGCGUCCCGGCGCCGCCUAAGGCUGCGCUCGGCGCGCGGACUGUGAGGAGGAGGCGAGCGAGGCUGGCGCGGGGUCGGCGGCCGGACGCAUGGCUUAGGACGCCCCGCCGCCGCGCCCCAGCAUGGGGAAACUUCACUCGAAGCCGGCCGCCGUGUGCAAGCGCAGGGAGAGCCCGGAAGGUGACAGCUUUGCCGUAAGCGCUGCUUGGGCAAGGAAAGGCAUCGAGGAGUGGAUCGGGAGGCAGCGCUGUCCAGGCAGCGUCUCAGGACCCCGUCAGCUGAGAUUGGCAGGCACUGUUGGUCGAGGCACCCGGGAACUCGUGGGUGACACUAGAGAGGCCCUCGGUGAGGAGGACGAGGACAACUUCCCCCUAGAAGUGGCCCUACCGCCUGAGAAGACCGACAGCCUGGGCAGCGGAGAUGAGAAGAGAAUGGAGAAACUAAGUGAACCCAGCCAGGCCUCCAAGAAGCAGCUCAAGUUUGAAGAACUGCAGUGUGAUGUUUCUGUGGAAGAAGACAGCCGGCAAGAGUGGACUUUUACUCUGUAUGACUUCGACAACAAUGGCAAAGUCACCCGUGAGGACAUUACCAGCCUGCUGCACACCAUCUAUGAGGUGGUUGACUCUUCUGUGAACCAUUCCCCCACAUCAAGCAAGACACUGCGGGUGAAGCUCACCGUGGCUCCUGAUGGGAGCCAGAGUAAGAGGAGUGUCCUUUUCAACCAAACAGAUGUGCAGAGCACAAGGCCCCGAGCAGACACCAAACCCACCGAGGAGCUGCGUGGCUGGGAGAAGAAGCAGCGAGCCCCGCUCAGGUUCCAGGGUGACAACCACCUGGAGCAGCCAGACUGCUACCACCAUUGUGUGGAUGAGAACAUCGAGAGAAGAAACCACUACCUAGACCUGGCGGGAAUAGAGAACUACACAUCUCAGUUCGGACCUGGCUCCCCUUCGGUGGCCCAGAAGUCAGAGCUGCCCCCUCGAAUCUCCAACCCCAUUCGCUCUCGCUCCCACGAGCCAGAAGCCGCCCACAUCCCACACCGGAGGCCCCAAGGUGUGGACCCGGGCUCCUUCCACCUCCUUGACACCCCAUUUGCCAAGGCAUCAGAGCUCCAGCAACGGCUCCGGGGCACUCAGGAUGGGAGCAAGCACUUUGUGAGGUCCCCCAAGGCCCAGGGCAAGAACAUGGGUAUGGGCCACGUGGCCAGAGGUGCAAGAAGCAAGCCCCCACUGGUGCCCACCACCCACACUGUGUCCCCCUCUGCCCACCUGGCCACCGGUCCAGCCCUCCUCCCCACCCUGGCACCCCUGGGCCACAAGAAGCACAAGCAUCGAGCCAAGGAGAGCCAGGCAAGCUGCCGGGGCCUGCAGGCCCCACUGGCUGCAGGAGGCUCCACCGUCAUGGGGCGGGAGCAGGUGAGGGAGCUGCCUGCUGUGGUGGUGUACGAGAGCCAGGCUGGGCAGGCCGUGCAGAGACACGAGCACCAUCACCACCACGAACAUCACCACCAUUAUCACCACUUCUAUCAGCCCUAGACCCCACCAGGCUGCCACGGGAAGGACCCGCCCCACACCCUAAGGCAUUAUUAUUCUAUUAAUUAUUGUUAUUAUGGCGAUUAUUGUUAUUAAUAAUUAUUGUUACUCCACUAAUAUUUAGCCAGCCUUCAUGUAGAAGACAUAUGGAAACACAGAAGUAAACUUUUAUUUAUACGUUGUGGGGAUCAUAUAACUCACCCAAGAAGUGACUCUGGGUUUGGAAGGGUCCUUGGGCCACCCCAGCUGGUCCACACAGCUCUUCCCAAACCACAGGAGCCCUCGGCCCAACUCCCCUCUCCAGCUCUUCCAGGAGAGCACCCUUGCCUGGCCCAGCUUCAGAGGCCCUCAAGAGGUCCAGAGGACAACAGCUGCUACCUCUCAGUGUUAUUCUGGUUCAACUUCACCCUUAAUUGAUUGUAACACGCUACAGGGGAUUUUGGUGGACUGCCAUUGCUCCCUCUCUCCCCUCGUCUUCUCAUGCCUCAACCUAGACACCUUAGCUGUGUUUCCCGGAGUUACUGCCUCCUCUUUCCGAAGGUACCUAGUCCUUGGCCCAAGCCAGCCCUGUGCUUUUUUUUUUUCCUUUGCCAUGCACAAUGUGGAAGCGCCCUCUCUUCCUGUGCCCCCCUCCCCUUGGCUUUUGAAGGAUGCACCUGUGUUUAAGGAUUGUCCUUGUAGCCAGUUUUCUCAGUUUGGGAACUACUCCAGAGAGAAGCAGCCACAUAAAGAGACGUGGUUUCCCAAGAUGGCACCACUGUGUGACAGAGGGUGUGAAACCUGAGUUCACCAUCAGCAGUUUCUGGCUCUCUAGCAGCCUUUGUAGCUAGCUAUAGGUAGAUGCUGCCUGUCCAUGUCUCUGUAUCUUUCCAUAAAUACACUCUCAGGUAUCUUUGCUGGUGUGCAGAAAUCACUGCGCUGCUCUGUGGAAGCUCCUAAAAUCCAGAUGGACCCCCAUGUGUUUUCUGUAAAGGCUGCCUGUUCAUCAGACGAAAGUAGCCACCUCCAUCUCACUUCCUUGGGUCUCAAAUCUGCAGUUUUGGAGAGACAUGCUUGGGUAUAGAGACUUAGGGUGGAAUGGGAGUGGCAGCUGAGACACUGGGCAGCAUCCUUGGCAGAAUAGGGUUUUAUCAGACAAGGGUCCAGGGGAACAGAAGGUUCACUGUCAGGUAGUUGGCCCCUACAUAAAUGGGAUUAUACUCCCAGGUUUGAUAAUUUGAGGAGAGAUGAGCAAGGAUGGCUGCCAACACUGGAGCAAAGGCGGAGAGGCAGCAGAACCCUAGACCAGCAAUGAGCCUGCCACUGUACCUCUACACAUGAAGGUGAGGAUCAAGAGGCACCUAGAAGCCAUGACACUCAUUCAGAGAAUGGAGCAGGCUGUGCGAAUGAAUGAAUGAAUGAAUGAAUGAAUUUACCCAGGAGGUGAAUGCCACUAUUCACUCCCAUGCCUGUUUCAUAUCCUUCUCUAGUAGCAUCAGCUGAAGGUCUUGGGAGGGAGUGGGGCUUUUAUUCUUGAGGGUCCAGAAAGAGUCUGACCCCAGAAGGAAAUGUUGCCCGCCUGUGUCCUGAGUUUAGCAUGGUUGGUAAGUGUGUACUUCUGGAGGUAGUGAGCAUUUGUUGUUUUCAUGGUGUUAAUUUUUCUGAUUGCUGCUGUGCCUGGGUCUGCUUGGUGCCAUCCUCGGGGCAUCACUGUGAGGAAGCAGGAAGUGAAAGUCGAGUAGAAGUCCUGGGAAGGUGUCUGAGGCUCAGAGAGGUCAAGAACCUGCUUGACACACAUGGUAGGUGGCAGUGCUGGGUCCUAGCCUUCAGGAUCCCUAGCCCUGAAGGAUAUGAGCCCUGAUUUUUCCUCAGGGGAAGCUGUGAGUUUCUGUUUGGCUAGAAUCCAACUCAGAGAAGAUGACUGCAACCACACCAAAUGGGCAAGGCUUUAUGGGAGCUAGCUUUGAGAUGACAGGAUCCAGUAUGAAUGAAACAGUUUUUGUCCCUGAGUCACCUGGGUGAGCAGGCCCAAGCAACUGACAUUCUGGGUCUAGGACCAGGAGGAAAGAAUUUUCUAGGAGACAAAAGCCUGGUGAGGGAAUUGUGAUUGACCGGGCUUGGGGAAGGUAGUCCCCCCUGGACUAAUUACAUGGGUCAUCUGGUAUGAACCCACCUGCCACAGGAGGCAAGGUCACCCUGGAUGAGGACAGGGACAAGAGGACCAGCAAAAACAAAACCCAAUGGCCUCCAGGGCCAGAGUUGCCACUGGCAGCUGCCUAGGGAGUAGAAGCCACUGGUUUUGGAACACAGAUCCUCAGCCUGGGGAAGAAGGUCCCCUGCUGUGCCAGGAUUUUGUUAACUUCUUGCUAACUCUUAAAAGUCACUUAAAAAUAGUACCAUGUGUUCACCUAUAAGUGAUCAAGGUAGCACAUAGAAGCUUAGAGUCAAAGGUAAGUCAGCAGGCUCCAUCUCACGUGCUCAGUCUCCAGAGAUCCACCCCAGCAUCCAUGUCCAGAUGCCCUCCAGGACCGUGAGUGCAAUGUGGCAGUUUUAACAGAGUCUGGUGCCUGGCUGUGGGCACUCAAGGCCUGACCCACCCCCCUUCCUCAGAGUAUGCACUGCAAGUGAAAUGCCGUGCCUUGGUUUCCCCCUUGUGGGUCCUUUCCAGAUGUUAGCUGUCUUCAUUACCAGAAUAAAAGCAUUUUAUAGAA